GUUUGUAACAAAGUCUACAAUUCGGCCAAAUUCAAACUCUACGUGAUCAGAGUCCAAUUCCAAAGUCACCGCCAUGGCCAAACGCGAUAUCCUGCCCAUCUUUCCAUCCCGCGCCAAUUCGGUGAUCAUGAAGCAGCGCGUUUUGGCGGCUAGAAGGGGCGUGGGUCUCCUCAAGCGGAAGCGGGACGCCAUCGAUAUGAAGCUACGCGAAUUGCGUCGCAUCCGCUUCGACCAGGACAUGCACGGCGAUGAGGCGAUGCGCAAUGCCAUAUUCUCGAUGGCAAAGGCCAAUCUUCUGGGCGCCGAUUUCAAGCCGCAGAUGGUAAGCCGCAGCCACGUGGCAACCGUAUCGCUACGCCGCACGGAGAUCAAAAUUGUGGGCGUCAAGCUGAACACCCUGGAGCUGGAGACGAAGGGCGUGGGCGCUUUUCCGCUGGCUGGUCUCAGCUGUGGCGGUAUGCAAGUGAGCCGAAUCAGGGACUCCUAUACGAAGGCACUCAAGGCACUGGUGGAGUUCGCCUCUCUGGAAUACCAAGUGCGAAUGCUGGAGGCAGCCUCGUUGCAGACCAACAUGAGGGUCAAUGCUCUGGAGCAUGUGGUAAUACCCAUCCUGCAAAAUACCUAUAACUAUAUAUGCGGCGAGUUGGAGGAGUUCGAGCGCGAGGAUUUCUAUCGCCUGAAACGCUCCCAGGCGAAGCAGCUGGAGGCCAAGAUGGCCUUCACCGAGCUGAUCAAGACCAAGAACAUGACCGACGAGGAGCUGGAGACCUACAUAAAGCGAAACAUAAAUCAGACGCGUCCUCCAGCGGCCGACACACCCUUCGAUCAGGAGCAGUUCGAGGAGCGUGAGGUGAAGCGGCGCAUGCGGGAGGCCCGUCUGUCCCUAAAGCAGCGCCGCGAGCAGGAGAGAAAGGAGGCCAUCAAGCGGGGCGAGCCCCCACCGCCCACAUCCUUCAUCACCACCCACGGAGCCUCGUUGAGUUUCGCUGGUCGCCAGCGGGAUCCGCGAGCCAGCAGUGGUGAUCUGUACAGCACCAAGCGGAUGCUCCUCUCCUCCGGACCGGAAAGGAAGUCCGCCAGUAAUGUGACCGAAAGGAAGUCCGAUACUCCUCCGCGUAAUAGCCAGGAAACUCAGCGCAGAUCCAGCCAGAUGUCGAAAGAUGUCGUAAAUGAAGAUCCACCCGAAGAAAGUUAGUUAAUCGGACUCACAAAUCCAAAAUCUAAAGUUGUCCAAAAAUUCUUAAUUAUUUUUAAUAUGGUGUGCAAAUAGAAGAUUUAUUUUAGGUGAUCACUUCG